UUCGCUCUCGCCGCCGUCUCCACCUGCCUCUGCUGCUCCCGCCUCCGUGUCUCGCCUCCAGUCGUGCUGCCAGCGCGCCCGUCUCUCUCGCCGCCUCUGCGGUCUCGCACUUCCGUGUGCAGCAGUCUGUCCUCGUUGCGGCCGGCGCCGUCUCUUCGGGUCCGGGACAAGCGGCGCUCGUCUGACCCUGUUGGUCCCACGCAUACACUCAGCAGUCACUGCACGAUAGAGCCACGCCGUCCCAGCAGCACCUCGCAGUCGUCUCCCCGAGUCUCCUCGCUCCAGCACCUCCUCGUACGCGCUUCUCCCUGUCGCCGGUCGCCGGCCGCCUGCAUUCUAGACGCUGCACCGCGCUCGCAUAGAGGCUCCUCGCAUCGCUCACCGCCAGCGCGCCCGUGCAGCACGCAGCUGCACGCGCCUCGUCUGGCCGCAUGACCUUCCCGGGCUCGGCCGGCCUGGCCGACGGCGUCUCCAGCCUCGCCAGCGGCAGCGGCAGCAGCGCCUCGAGCUGGUCCGCCGGCUCUAGCGCCGCAGCUGCGGGACCGAGCAGCUCUUCGGCGGGCGGCAGCAACAGCUCGGAGAUCCCGCUGCUUUCCGCCCUGCCGAAGCUCGUCUCGCCCGACGAUGACUCGUUCAUCGGGCGCACGUCGUCGUGGAUCGGCGGCAAGCGCAUGAGCCGCGCCGAGGUGGACGAGAUGCUGUGGAACUACCGCACAGUCUUCUCCGCCGGCAGCGCCUCGCUUGUCUCCACCGCCGCAUCAUUUCCUUUCGACUCGCUCAAGUCACGCUUGCAAGUCAAAUACUAUCCGAGCAUCUGGGCAUGCGGGAAAGCAGUGAUGCGCGAGGAGGGCAUGAAGGGCUUCUUCCGCGGCGUGUGGAUCCCCCUGAUCACGAUCUCCUUCGUGCGCACGAGCUCGUUCAGCAUCUACGUGGGCACCAAGGAUGCCCUGCACACGCGCGGCAUCUUCACCGACCAGAGCUUGCUGCACACGGCCGCGAGCGGCAUGACGGGCGGCGCGACGAGCGGCAUGCUCAUCAGCUGCGGCUCGGCGCCCUUUGAGCUCGUCAAGGUGCAGCGCCAGCUCGAGUACCUCACCGCCGUGCAGCGCGGCCUCGUCUCCAAGGUCGGCUCGCGCUACGUCGCGCGCUCGGGCUACCAGGCCGCGCUCGACAUCUGGCGGCAUCACGGCGGGCCGCGCGGCUUCUACCUCGGCUUUCCGCUGCACAUCUGCCGCGACACCAUCGGCACUGCGCUCUACUUUGGCUUCUACGACACGACGCGCGCGCUCGUGGGCCGCUACUCGACGGGCACCGGCGGGCGGAAUGGCUCGGCGCAGCUCUUCGGGCUGCCGGGACCGGUCGUCUCUUUCCUCUCGGGUUCUACGGCGGGCAUCGCCUCGUGGCUGCUCGUCUACCCCGUCGACCUGCUCAAGACCAACGUGCAGCAGCGCGCGCUGAGCGGCCAACAUCCGCAGAUGAGUGGCACGCAGCUCUUCAAGCACCUGAUGCGUGCGCGUCCGCCAAAAGACGGCGCCUCGGACUCGGCGGUGGCGCGCUUCCUGCGGCUGUACCGCGGACUCGGCGUCAGUGCCGUGCGCAGCUUCAUCUCGCAUGGUCUCACGUGGAUGAUCAUCGAGGGCGUGUCGCAGCGCAUCAGCGAGCGCGUCGGCCCGGGAGCCGACGGGCGGCCGAGGCAGGCCAACGAAUUAUAGACGUCCUGCCUGCGCCAACUUGGACUGCUAGGGCUGAGCGUGAGGGGCGAGAUGGCGCAUGGGUGCAUUGCGCGCUCAGUGGAGCAUGGGAUAUAUGGUCAGCG